GAAGGACACUUUGUGUUUAGGGUCACCCUCACCGCUUCAUCCACGCAGACGGGGACAGUGUGAGGGAGACGCAGACAGACAGUGGCAGGUAAGACAGAGAGGUGAGACCGAACCACUUCUUCAGAGACAGACAGGCAGGCCCCCGGAGUGGAAGUGGGAUAUUUCUGUCCCACACAUCUUUGGCACGCAGAGGACUUCAGUUUUUAAAGAACACGUGCCGGUUGGGUGUUACCAUGGAAACCAGGAUGGUGAUGCAGCGAGAGCGGGAGGAGCAGUCGUCCCAGAUGUCUCACAGUAUGCAGCUGUCCUCCCAGAUCAAGAAGAGGACCUUCACUUCCAGUGAUGAGGACGCCUCCUACUCGGACUUCUAUCCCAUCAUCCCCGCUGACGUCAUGUCCGUCAAGGAGAUCCUGAGCGGGGACAGCUUCCCCCGACACAGGACAUGGGAGAUCCUGAAGGAAACACUGGCUGCUGAUGAAGAGUAUUACAGAGAUAAAUGGACCAUGUUUGGAAACGAGGCUGAGAAGGUGGAGCUGGCUGUGAUCAGGGGCCAGCAUGUGUUACGCACACGGAUUGACAAAAAGGCCCUUCGCAGACAGGCAGAAAAGAAGGCAUCUGCCCACAUGAAAUACCUGGAGCGUCUGAGUCAGAAGGUCCCAGACUUUCCAAUCCCACUCAGGGCUCACUGCGUCUGGGAGGGCAUGACAGUCCAACUCUGCUGCACCGUCCAGGGCUGUCCACCCCCGAAGGUCACAUGGUACAAAAAUGGUGCACCCCUGAUUUUAUCUGAACAGCCGUGGAAUUACAGCCUGCAACAGAAAUUUGGACUUAACUCACUGGAAAUCAGAAGGUGCUGUCCUGAAGAUGCUGGCAAGUAUAAAGUGGUGGCUCAGAGUCCCCUGGGUGAGGCUACGACCUUCGCAACACUUGUGGUGAAAUCAUAUCAAGGAGCCGGGGCCGGUUCAGAGAGCUGGCAGACCCCCGGAUCGAGGUUCGAGGAGGAGGCCCACUUCGGCUCCUGCUUCCCGCCCACUUGGGUGAAGGAGGGUGACAGUCUCGCCCUGAGGUGCACCUUCACCUCAGCUCUGCUGCCCUACCAGCAGGAUGUCAGCUGGUUCAGAGACGGUUUACAGCUGCAUCAGUCCAACAACGUGGACAUUAGGACGGUGGACAAUGAGGCUUCCAUCACUUUAAAGGCUGCACAGAAGGAGCAUGAAGGUUUUUACACUGUGCAGCUGAAGACGUGGGAUUCAAGUGAGGAACACAGGGCUUUUGUUUACAUCACAGAUGCUUCCGCUGCAGUGUUGGGGGGUCCUGCCUCUCCUCUGGCCGUCCGGGUAUCUGACGUCAACAGGGACUAUGUCUUCCUCACCUGGCAGCCGCCCAGUGCUGAUGGAGAAUCCCCAGUGGACGGUUAUUAUGUGGAGAGAUAUGAAGUCGGUCAGGGCGAGUGGGUGCGCUGCAACGUGCACAUUCAGAAAGUGUGUCACUACCCAGUGUUUGGGCUGAAGGAAGGAACUCAGUACCAGUUCAGAGUCCGUGCCGUCAACAAGGCCGGAGCGGGACGUCCGUCCAAGGCCACCGAGCCCGUCCUCACUGCAGACCCCCUGCAGCACACCAGGACCCUGGCGGUCAAAGUGGCCAGAGGGAGGACCAUCACCAUUACAAAAGAUGAACUGGAAGGUCAGGUCAAAGCUCCGCUCCCUCCCACAGAUGUCCACGCCUCCGAGGUGACCGACACCUACGUGGUCCUGAGCUGGACCGAGCCUGAACCCAGAGGCAGGGAGCCGCUCAACUUCUACGUGGAGCAGUCGCUGGCAGGGAAGAGCAGCUGGGAGCUGGCCAGUCUGGACAUGGUGGUCAACUCUCCCAGGUUCCCAGUGUUCACCCUGCUCAAGGGGAAGCAGUACCGCUUCCGAGUGCGCUCCAUCAACAAGUACGGAGUCAGUGACCCCUCCGAGCCCAGCGAGCCCAUCUCUCUGGGAAAGCCAGAAGCGGUGCCAGCUCCCCCCCACUCUGUGAUGGCCGUCAGAGACACAGACACUUCAGUGCUGCUCCAGUGGCAGGAGCCCAAAGACAAACACGGCAUUCUGGGAUACUACCUGUACUACAGCGAAACUGGCAAACAGGACUGGAAGACUGUUAACAACAAGCCUCUCGCCACAACCAGGUUUAUUGUCCACGGUCUGAAGACUCGAGGAGAAUAUGUGUUUCGGGUGAAGUCUGUGAGCGGAGCAGGGAACAGCAACUAUUCAGAGGAGUCUCAGCCCAUCAUCGUCAAAUCGGCCAUUUAUGUUCCCUCCGCUCCCUCUGCCAUCGCCCUGCUGCUGUGCACUGGAUCGGAGAUGGUGCUGGGCUGGAGGGCCCCCUCCUGUAACGGGGGAGAUCUCGUACGUGGCUAUUACCUGGACCAGAGGGAAAAGGGCACGGAAACAUGGAGAGAGGUCAACGUCAAGCCCGUCAAAGAGAGGAAGUUACGGGUGUGUGACCUGUCCAGUGGGCACUUGUACCAGUUCCGUGUGUUUGCAGCCAACAGGGCUGGUGUGGGGAAGCCCUCCGAGGCCAGUGAAGCUUUCCUGUGUGAGAAGUGGACAAUGCCAGAGCCAGGUUGCCCGUACGACCUGCAGUUCAGGGAGGUGAGAAACGACUCCCUGGUGCUGCUGUGGGAGGCUCCGCUGUACGAAGGACGAGGCCCCGUCACUGGGUAUUUACUGGAAUUCAGUCAGGGUGACCAAUCAGACGACUGGACGUUUUUAAAUGACGAACCAAUCACUGACACAAAGUACAAGGUGUCGGAUCUUCAGGCGGGUCAGACUUUCCGUUUCCGUGUAUCUGCUGUUAAUGAGGCUGGGAUGGGCCACGCAUCCCUGCCCUCUGAGCCAGUCACAGCUCAGACCAAGCCAGGCACUAAAGACAUUGAGAUUGGCGUGGACGACGAUGGGUUCAUAUUUUUGGGCUACGAGCCCGAGGAGGUGGAUGACGAGAGCGAGUUCCUCUGGAGCAGAAACUACACGGAGCCUGUUGACCCCGACAGAACCCAAACAGAAACCACGAAGAACAAGUCAGUCCUCACCUUCAACGACCCCUCUGAGGAGGAUCUGGGUCUGUACACCGUGGAGACGAGCGACAACCCCGACCUGUCGUCCAGCUACGACUUCACUGCUGAAGACCUUGAACGACUCAAAGAACUCAGCUGGCAGGUCAGAAAUCCACUGAUAGGUCUGAAGUCGGGCUGGCAGGUGGAGGUUUCUGAGGAAGGUGACGUUCGACUCUGGCUUCAGACGGAGAGUCUGAGUGACGCCGCCGAGCUCCGUCUCAUCUUCAAUGACCAUGAAAUCUCCAGCACUCCGCACCGUCAGAUCAAGUUGGACAGGGCCAAAGGUCUGGUGGAGAUACUGUUUGAUCGGCUGCGUGAGGAGGACGAGGGCUCGUACACGGCUCAGCUGAGAGACGGCCGCGCCAAGAACCAGUUCACUUUGGUCUUUGUGGAUGAGACGUUCCGUCAGACGCUGGCGUUGGCAGAUGCAAACCGACGUGACCACCAGAGAAAGUCCGGACCAUAUUUCCAGGAAAUCCUGUCAUGGAGUAUAAAUGAGGACUGUGAACUCAUUAUAAAGUGCAAGGUGACCAACACAAACAAGGACACGUCUCUCAAGUGGUUUAAAGGCGGCGUGGCAGUGAAGCAGCUGUUGUACGACCAGUCGUCAGGAGUCAGCACACUCACCAUCCCACAGGUGACAAAGGAGGUGGCCGGCUCGUACAGAGCUGCGGUGUCAGAUAAGAGAGGAGAGGAUGUCAGCACCUUAGAGUUACUGGACAACGAGUAUGACCAGCUUCUCCAGCAGCUGAGUAAACAGUGUGCGCUAUCAGCCGGACCACUGAGCAUUCAGGGCACCGCUGCAGGUUUCAAGCUCUAUUGCUCCCUCAAAUACUACAUAAGCUACCUGAAGACCAGCUGGAACUUCAAGGAGAAGAGGAUCGACCAGGGAGCUAAAACAAAGACUGGGAGCAACAUGCAGAUGGUUUGGAUUGAAAUAGUCAACCCAACAGAAAACGAUAAAGGCAAAUACACCUUGGAGAUGUUCGAUGGCAAAGAGACACACAAACGGUAUCUGGACCUGUCUGGACAAGCCUUUACUGAUGCCUUGCUGGAGCACCAGAGGCUGAAGCAAGCAGCCAUCGCUGAGAAAAAUCGGGCCAAAGUGACAAAAGGUCUUCCUGAUAUGGUAGCCAUCAUGGAGGACAAGUCUCUGUGUCUGACGUGCUUCAUCGAAGGAGAACCAGCCCCAGAGAUUCUCUGGCUUCACAACGACAAGAAGAUCGUUGACCAGACCCAGUUCACCAUCACUAAAGAGCCCAAGUGCAGCACCAUCACUGUCAACAACAUCAAGACGGGAAAUUCUGGAAAAUACAGCAUCCUUGUGCGCAACCAGUACGGUUGUGAGACGGUUGAUGUGACAGUGAGCGUGUACAAGCAUGGAGAUAGGCCUCCAGCGAACGCUGUGGAGAUGGGUUUUUAGACUGAAGAUUAAUCAAGAAUUAACUCUGCAUGUUUUAUAUGCUUCAGACUGAGAUUUCACUUUGCGUAAAGAGAUGAUGGAAGAUAUUCAAUCCCAACAUUUUGAUCCAAAAUCAAAUAUACACAGAGGGAAAGAGGACGUGGAUGGAUAGAUAGAAGGUAAAAUGAAAUGAUGGUGAGUUAUUCUUGUAUUAGAGCAUAUGAGGGAAUUAUAAUGAAUGUGUCGGAAAAGCAAUCUCCAAAUUUUCUAUAAAAGUUAAAUACGAGACUGUGCAUGCCAUGAAAAUGUAAUUUUCAAAAUUAACAGAGGAUGGAGACGUCAAACUCACAGAGUGUUUCUUUACAUAACAAGACUGACUAACAUUUAUUUUCCUCUUUAAAGUUCAUUCAAGUUAAUUCAAGGUCUUUAUUGUCACCAUUGAUACCAUAGUGACUGGUGACUACAGCUUAUGGUAGCAAAUGUUAGCUGAAACUAUUGUGUACCCUGCAUAGGUUAGCUGAUAGCUAAUGUUAGUCAAUGUUUGCAAACAUUAGCAAAUUAAACUAAUUAGAUUACUUGUAGUUGAUUGUUGCUUUAUAAACGACAUCACACGGUCAUGUUUGCUGGCCACAGUCACCAUUGUGUGGAGCAACUGUUAAAUCACAUAUGUGCCAUUUGUUUGUGUGUGUGUGUAACAUGGUGAAUAAAGCUAAUUCAGUAAAACAUUUCACCAGGGUAUUAUUUUUACCAGCACAUAUAAAAAUAACAUUUCAUCUCAUUACAGUAAUCUUUAGUUGCAGUUCAAGAUCAUAUAUUGUUGUAAAUGUGGACUACAGUUUUCUUUGUAUAUGAUUUUGCAAGCAGGGACGAUGUCUUGUACUUUUGAAAGCAAACAGUCCACAGUGUCAUUAACCCCACUGGGCCCCAGAGUAACACCAGGAGGUUGAACCGUAUACGUGAGGGAAGACACGUACAAAGUUUAUUUAAGAUCACGUUAAAAUCAAAGAGUCCUUAGUAAAUGUGGUUUGUUUUAUAUUAAAUUAACCUUAUUCUGCUUUUGGUCGUGGUCGUUUGAACCUGAUUUCUGAGCCUCUUGCAUCCUGUCUGUCAUCCAUCAAAAUCAACAACAAUGCAAAAAUGUUGUAUUUAAACAGUCGUCACUUUAAUUAUGCAAGUGUUCCAUAUUUCUGCAUGCAAUAUUUUACGAGUAAAAAUUUCAAAAGUC